AUGGUCGAGGGCAUGCCGCAGUUGAGGCUGCAUGCUCGUCAACCCCAACGUCAUGGACAGGAUAAUCUCGACCACCCUGCGUACAUGUAUGGCAUGGACGGGGCGGCGGACUUUGAUCAUGAAGGGCCUGCCGGAGGGCAGAGCACCUGGCGCUCAGCCGUCUCCUCGCCAAACGCAAACAACAAUGUCAACUCCGACGUCCAGAUCAUCCCGCCCCGCAGCCACUGGCCUUACACCGAUCACCCCAAUGCCCCAAGCAACCCCGGCUUCGGCUCUCGUUCACAGCAACAAGGCCAGCGCGAGACGGUACACGUCUUCCUUGACCGGUCUUCGCGGCAAUCAGGCGGCAGCGACGCCCAGGCGAACCAGCACUCGACAGCCACUGACUGGGAGGAUAUCUACACGGGUGGUCAGGGAUGGUUCUGGGACAAAAGGACCCGGAGGUAUCGCUACGUCAAGACAGCCAAACCCAAGACCGAAGGCAAAUUCUCUCGCUAUGUCGUCGCCGUGUCUCGUUUCAUCAACACCAAGGAGGAGGUGAAGCUCCUUUACCAUGCCCGGCCAGCCCUCUCCGCACGGCUUCGAGAAGAAGAGACUUUGGAAGCGAAGAAUACAACCCUGAUCUUUGAGCUAAAGGCCGUGAUUGGAUACACCAACGAACACUUCGGCCACGUCGUUACUGAUCCAGAUGCCGUGCCUGUCAACUACAUCACAUUCGAGCAUCUAUGGACUUUGCUCCCUCCUAACACGUUGGCUUACAUCAAAGACAAGCUAAACCAGGCCAAGAAAUACCGGGUGAAGAGCUCCGUGUAUCGGAAAUACAUGGAUGGGACCGAGGAGUUCCCACUCUCCGUCCACUACUUGGACUCGGAUGACCACCAAACAGACUAUCUUGGGCGUCAACCACUGAAGAUCAAGUCAUUUCAGGGAUCUGCUCCAAUUGCGAGGCCGCCGCCGUCAGGAGUACAAGGGCAUGCUCUGCAGGAACGCAAGCCCCAGUUCCGCGGGGCUGAAGAGAUGACGGCCAUCUUCAACUCCCACGGCCGUGUGGUGCUCAAUCGCACGUCUUUCGAAGCGCUCGAUCCCAACAGCUCACUCGCGCCCCUCGGGAAUAAGAAACGGGGUGCCUUUGCCGCAUCGAAAAUAGGGGAGAUCAAGUGGAGUGAUACUAUAAUCGACUCCCUUGUCCUCAACCCUGGACGCAAAGCCUCCAUCCGCGCCCUGAUCCUCAAGCACGGUCUGAAGGAGUCAGCUACCGAAGCCUUCGACAACUUCGUCAGCGGGAAGGGCAGAGGUUUAAUGGGGGGGCUCUCCGGGCCGCCGGGCGUUGGCAUAACUCUCACAGCCGAAGCCGUCGCCGGAAUUGCCCGCCGACCGAUCUACAUGAUCAGCUCCGGCAAGCUGGGUGGCAGCCCGGUGUCCGUACAGACGAACCUCGCCAGAGUAUCUGAACUCAGCGAGGCAUGGAACGCCGUCGUUCAUUUGGACGAGGCCGAUGCCUUGUUGCACCAGCGGACUAGUGACAACCUCUCCAGGAACGCCAUCACGUCCAUCUUCCUCCGGCACCUGGAUCUCGACGACUCGUUCCAGAGCCGUAUCCGCUUCACGUUCGAGGACCAACAGCUCGACGAGUCCGCGGAGGAGGAUCUCUUCAAACAGCACCGGCCAAGUCCCAUCGUCGCCGUCUCUUCCCCUUUUUGA